AUGGCGGCCGCAUCAGACCCAGAUUCAAGCCGCACGCAAAUGCAGCAGCAUGACCUGCCAGACCCAAGCAACAAAGUAAGAGACACUCUUGAUGUCAUAUUCGACCGAUUCUGGGCCAAGUUGUUGACCCGUAUUGGACCAGCUAUGACUACUCCCAUCCCGACUGAACAGGACCACGUGCGCACCAAGAGGAGGUCUGGGAAACCACUACAGGGUGCAAAGCAAUACCCCACCUCAGCCAUCCCCACAAGAUGCCCGUCCAAGCUGAGAGCAACAAGGGUCAUAACCCAAAGGCACCAGCCACACAGGUGCAAGGCCACAAGGCACAAGCGACGACACACAGUGACCAAUUGCAGGACCCACCGCACCAUCCCAACUGGGAAGACCCAGGACCUCACUGGACCCCAGGCUCGUGUCAAAAGGGUGCCAGCUCUCAUACAGCACCGGGGCUGGAGAGCUACACGAUGCUGCAUUUUCCCCCCAAUUGGACUGAGCCCAAGCAAAAGAAAUAACCCUUGCAGAGGUGUCGGAUGA